AGGUGACGCAGAGUCGCAAAUCAUCAAAUAAAUUAAUUCAUCAUUUGUCAUCGCAUGUGUUUUCGAGACAAAGAGUGUGAUUGUUUUUAGGAAUUUGUUAAUCUAUCGUUAAAUUUCUGUGCAAAAUGUCGUCAAGAAAAAAGGUGCUUCUGAAAGUGAUCAUUCUUGGAGACAGUGGUGUGGGGAAGACAUCGCUAAUGAAUCAGUUUGUCAACAAAAAAUUCUCAAACCAGUACAAAGCAACAAUAGGCGCUGAUUUCCUCACGAAGGAAGUAAUCGUCGACGACAGGAUCGUCACAAUGCAAAUAUGGGACACUGCGGGCCAGGAGCGCUUCCAGUCGCUCGGAGUGGCGUUCUAUCGCGGGGCGGAUUGCUGCGUAUUAGUGUUUGACGUAACUGCCCCCGUUACGUUCAAGUCCUUGGAAAGUUGGAGAGAUGAGUUCCUGAUACAAGCGUCGCCGCGGGAUCCCGAGAAUUUCCCUUUUGUCAUUUUAGGCAACAAAGUGGACUUGGAAAACCGAGCCGUGUCUGCUAAGCGCGCCCAACAGUGGUGUCAAAGCAAAAAUGAUAUACCAUACUUUGAAACCAGUGCCAAAGAAGCUGUGAAUGUUGAGCUUGCCUUCCAAACCAUAGCUAGAAAUGCACUCGCCCAGGAAACCGAAGCUGAGCUUUACAAUGAAUUCCCCGACCAGAUCAAGUUGAACUCCAACGACAACAACCGCAACCGAGACGGUGAUAACUGUGCAUGCUAGGCUCUAGGAACCCUCCACUGAACAAGCCAUGUCUCUCAUUCUAAAUAUAAUAUAAAUGAUAGCUCUACUCUGUAAGUUAUGUUUUGUAUCAUUCUUGUAAAAAUGUAUAGGGUAAUAGUAAACUCACUGGGUACUUUGUUUGCAUUGCACAUUUCCUUUAUACUUAUGAUAUAUUUAUCGAUUUGUUAUAAAUUGAUGCUGCUGACUAGAUGACAGGCUGUAAGCGAAUAUAUUUUAUUCAUGCUAUGAGCUUGACUUGUCUUUAGCAAAGUUAAUCUUAGAAUAAAAGUUAAUCUUGUUUGUUUCUUGUGAUUCAUAAUUAAUUAUCUAUUACCAAUUAUUCCUAAUUAGGUUGACCAUAUUUUAGUUCAAUGGAACCACUUUAAGUUUUCACAACUUAUUGAUAUAAAGGAUACAGUUGACAAACAUUUGACCUAAAUUGUUUAUCACAUUAUUUGAUACUCACUGAAAGGCCAGGAGCUUCUCUCUUGGCUAGCACAUACAUAUCUAAUAUAUAUAUUUUUUAGUUUAUAAUAAUAUUAUGUGAUGUGUCAACUGUGUUCAUGUUAAAUGUUUUUUGAAGUGAGGUAAAAUGGAAACCUAGUAUAGUUAAAUAUAAAUUAUAGAUACUUAUAUCUUAAGAAAAUUAUUAAGUGCCACUGCAUAGGCAAGUUCAUAUUUCUUGGCAUAAACACCAUUAUUGCAAUUCCUUAAAGUUUUCACAUUGUGAAUGGAUAUUCUUAAAAGCAGUCUAAAUUGGAAUACAAAGGCCUUUAUUUAUUGUGAUUGAACUAUUGUUGUUUUGUUGCAAGUUAUUAGAUUCAAGGUGAUUUGAUAAAUUAUAUUUGUUGAGACAUGAUAUUUUUACAGAAAAGCAAAGUGAAUAGUUUUCCAUUACAAUACAUGGCAAAUACAGCUGCUGUAAAACAUCUUGUGAAAUAUAUUAUAACAAAUUUAAUGCAUAUGUGUCAUUAUUAAACUUAAGUAAGGAAGUAUAUUGUAUUUAUUUAUGCAAAUCAUACACUACUUCCUCAGAUACACAUCAAGGUCAACAAUUUAUGAAAUGUUUGAGCAUAAACAUUUAGAUAUAUUGUAUCUUGCAUAUCACUUUGAUAACUAGAAUUUUAGUUAAUAAUUUCAUCAAGUGAAUUAAUAUUUCACACACAUUUUUAUGUUGUAUAUUCCAAAAUAAGUAGCUGUAAAUAGUUUACGAGUUAUGGAAUACAUGGGCUUUUAUUCUAAUCAUGAUUAUGGCUAGAUAUGUACCUACUCAUAAAUUAAUCAUUUAAAUGUCCAUUGAUAGAGUGGCCACUAACUAAUCAUAUGGAAUCAAAACAAAUCAUUUUGGAAGGGUUUUUUCUACAGGUUCAGAGAUUAAAUUAUUGGCUGAUGGAUAGCCUUGUGUCUAGCUUUUGUUCUUCAAACAACAACUUCCUGUGUUAAUUUAGCAUAUAAUUCUGAAAAUGGUUUUGUCUCAAAUGUUAUUAUGGUUUUACCUACAAGAAAUUAAUUAUAAUAUAUAAUUUAAAUUAUAGUUAUAAAUGCUACUAUUCACGAAAAGCCUAGGUUCAUUUUAAGAGCUAGCCCUAGGAACAACUAGGAAUGACAACAAAGAGUUGUUAAUAUGCUGUAAUUAUGUGGUUGCUUGUAAUUUUAUAUUAUAAAUAAAUAAUAUCGUAAA